UCAGAGUGAGUGAUUUUUAAUUAUUAAAGGUUGUAAUAAUUUUAUGUCCUCAUUUACAAAUUAACAUAAUUUUAAAUUAUUUUAUUACAUAGUACUACUUUGAUAUCGAUGGGAAUCCCCACCGAGACCUACUUAUGGGGACUUUAUAUUCGGUGAUGGCGGAGCGGUAUAGUGAGCGAAAGACGCUCAGACACAAGCAUUUCAAACAACAUUACAAAAAACCAGAAGAUUGGGACACAGUUCUCAAAUUCCCCCCUGACUACUUGAAUACUGAGACUUGGAAACCGGUUUGCGAAUUGUUCGUUAGCGAGGCAUUUUUGAAUCGUUCAACUAAAAAUAAAUCGAAUCGGCAACUAAUGAAAUAUCCAACAACGCAAGGCACAAAAUCGUUGGCGUCCAUACGCCACGGAAUGGGGGGUACUCCUGGAGAGCAUGUAGUUGACGCAUGGAAGGAGAUCCAUGUGAAAAAACCGUCUGGAACUUUCGUUAAUGAAUUAGCUGCAAAAGAUUAUGAGGAACUGAUCAAGGAGCUUGAUAGGAAGCGACUUGAACGACAAUCCCAGAGCGAUACUGGGACUGAAUCUGAAUCUGAUACUGGUUAUCAGUUUGACGUAAUGGAAACAGUUCCAGGCAAAAGAUCUGACUAUCAAAGAGGCGUGGGUAAAAGGCUCAAGGGCAAAGGAAAGAAACCAAUCCCUCAAACUCAAUCAACGGUGCCUCCCCAACCAACUACUGAGAUGAUGAGCACCAUGGCAGAUAUAUUCUCAGCUAUGCGUGCCACUUGGGGGGAGUCAUGCCGCUCCUCCGGAACAGCAACAACAACCUCCUACGCAACCACAAUUUCAGCCUUCCUCGCAACAACAAUUCCAAAAUUUGUCACAGCAGCAAUUUGA